UUAACACUCUUCCUAGAUCCAUCGCCCCCACAGCACUUGUAGCUCCUUACCAUUUCUUUCGCCAUCGCCAUCACGCUCUUGGUCCUCGUUCCUUGCCGGCAUCUUACCGUCCGCCUUCCCGUGCAAGCUCGCCCUUGCCCAUUGCAUUCCUUGCAGUCACGGCUAAACGCAGGCCGACACAUUGAAUUGCACCCAUGGGAAUUCUUUUGUUCUGAGUUCUCAUGUUUUAGGAAUUACCGUAUCAUAAAUUAAUGAUCAGUUUGUUUGCCAGAAUGUUUCGAUUUUAAGAAUAAUGUGUAGAAAUGCGGGCUCCUUGGGCAAAGCUUGGGGCUUUGUCCCGUAAGAUAAACCCUUUAGGGACAUCAAACCAAAACCAGUUUGUGGUAGAUAUAGCACGGAAUAAUAAUGGGGACCUCAAUGGAAAUGGACUUGGAGCACAUUCAGUUUCAGCUGCGCUUGGUGAGACAUCUCCGCGACCUACAGAGUGGAGUUUCCGGAGAUGCGGUCAGAAUGGAUGUCGAUCUACUAAUCACUGUGAAUCAGCCGGCACCAACAUUUCAGCGUCCCUGAAAAAUGGUGACGUUAGAAUCGAUGUCGGUGGAGAUGAGGGCUCCGACCUUUUGGGGGAGAUUGUCAUGACGGGUAAUUUAACUCCUCAAAGUACGGGAUUGUCGUCUAAACUAACUCCGCCUGUUGAAGUCUCGGCAAGGCUGACCACAAAGACAUUUUUCUGGGGUCUACGUCAUCUCCACCUCGAUGACAUAGUUGCGGUGUCAUGUCACGAUGGCAGUGAGCGCUUUACGAUACAUUCUUAUCCUCUCAUGCGCACACGGUGGGUGCCCAGUUCAUUUGGCAAACCCCGCAGACGCCGGAAGGACGUGCAUCUUAUAGCACCUAGUCAAGAAGAAGCUGCUAAUUGGGUCAAUGUCUUUGGUAAUUACUGUCAUGUGAAUGUUAAUAAGCUUCCUUUAAAGGAGCAGAAAGGGGCUUCUGUGAAGGAGAAGGUUGUGGUGGAUGUGGCAAUAAAGAGCAAGCCAGGACCUGUUAUGCUCGUUGUCCUCAAUCCUCGUUCGGGUAGAGGGAAGGCCAGCAAGGUCUUUCGAACCAGAGUGCAGCCAAUCUUGGAGUUGGCAGGGUUGACACUUACAGUGGUGGAGACGACACAUGCUCGUCAUGCUCAACAGCUAGCUGCUAGCAUUAAUCUUUCUACCUGUGCUGACGGUAUCAUUUGUGUGGGUGGUGACGGCAUACUCAAUGAGGUUUUGAAUGGAUUACUGAGCAGAGAUGAUUCAGAAUUUGCUAGGACCAUUCCUCUUGGCAUAAUUCCCGCAGGCUCUGAUAACUCACUUGUGUGGACUGUUUUUGGCAUCCGAGAUCCUACUACUGCUGCAGUUGCAAUUGUCAAGGGAGGCACAAUUUCUACUGAUGUAAUUGGGGUGGAGUGGCAUAAGACUGGUGCAGUGCAUUACGGUCUUACAGUAGCGUAUUAUGGUUUCAUGAGUGAUGUGCUUGAAUUAUCUGGCAGAUAUCAGCGUCGAUUUGGGCCAUUGCGUUACUUUGUGGCAGGGGCCUUGAGGUUACUUUGCCUCUCUCAUUAUCAAUGCGAAGUACACUAUCUCCCCGCUCCUCUAGAGCUGGAAUCAGUGCAUGUUGACCAUGCGGCGGACAGUGUUGAUACCCUCGCACAAGAAACAGGAUCCUUGUCUGCGUGCUCUGGGGUUGUUGUGCCACCUAGACUAAACGGUGAUAGUUUGACUGGUAUUGUAGAGGCCAAUACGGAGCCUUCUGAUUAUAUACGUGGCUUGGAUGGUAAAGCAAGGAGCAUUUCCUUAGGUCGAAUGGGUCCCUGUGCAGAGGAUGCAGUUACAGUUGCUUCUGCAACUCCAGUCUCUCGAGCGCGCACAAGAUCCAAGACAAGGAGUCGAUCUUUUGGUCUUAAUGCUAUGGCACCUGAGUCAGUAUCUAGGCCAGUACAGAUUUCUCGUCGUGGGUCUACAGAUGGAUCUUUGGACAAUGAAGUGGAUGGGACUAAGACAAGAGGGUGGCUUUUAGAUGAAGAGGAUAAGUGGGAGAGCCGUAGUGGAACGUAUUUGGGGAUCAUCAUGUGCAAUCAUGAGUGCAAGACCGUCCAGUGCAUGAAGACUCAAUCGUUAGCUCCUCGUGCUGAGCAUGAUGAUGGGCUGGUUCAUUUGCUUUUAGUUCGAGAUGUUGGCCGUUUGCAGCUGAUUCGUUUCUUCCUACUGAUGCAGUUUGGACGCCACCUUUCUCUUCCGUUCGUAGAGUACACUAAGGCUCGGGCAGUUUGGCUAAAACCAGCUCCAAGAGCCCAUCAAGGAUGCGGCAUUGAUGGUGAGCUGCUUACUCUGGAUGGACCGAUCACAACACGAAUGCAACCUUUCCAAUGUCACUUAAUUGGGAAGCAGCAACGGACCUAGGUAAUGGAUUGAAGCAAGUGCUGCGUUCAAGAGGUUGCAUGAUUUGUUUUCUUGUGUGGAGAUCGAAUGCAUUGGUAUGGAUGUAGAAGGAGGGGUAACGGAGAAGAAACCCUUUGCAUGUUCUCUAUAUGGUUUCUAGAGUUAAAUCAGAAUUUGGUCUUGUUAGGCAGAAUAUUUUUUUCGUCAUAACAUGUUCUGAGAGUUUGAAGAAUUUCGUGAGAUGUUGGGAUUGGUACAGGUAGUGGUGACGACAGAUCACUGACUUGAAAUGCUUCUAGUAGAUAUUUGAGUUGAAUUAUGUAUUUCCUUGACAGUCAUUCUUUCGAUAUUUUUAUAUACAAAAUAAGGCACUCCCAACGGACAGACCCACCUUUAUCAGCUCAAGGCUCGAUCUUAUCAUUCA